UGUUUGUGUGGAGGUUUUAUUUUUGGUUAUUCCUUCAGCUCUUGGAGAUGUGCUCUGUGGCUGCGUGUGGAUCCUAGCCGCUCUCUCUCUCUCUCCCCUCCAUCUCUCUCUCCCUCUCUCUCUCUCCCCCCCUCUCUCUCUCCCCCUCCAUCUCUCUCAAGCUUGCACUCUCAGCGCGGCUCAGGCUCCACUCAUUUUCACACAUUGAGCAAGACUCCAUCGCCUCUCUCUGGGGAGCGCUAGCUUCUUUAGCUCAUUUCUUUUCUCUUUCUCUCCCCCCUUCUUCCAGUGCCUGUGUGCAGUUUCCAUUCUUCGCUUCUCUGGCCUCCACAAGGAAUCUCUUGUGUACAUUACCUUUUUUUGUUUUUGUUUCGAUGUCUUUUUUAAUUCGAAUGGCUUUCUAAAAGUGGGACCAUGUUCUACUUCCAGCUGGUGAUCAUGGCUGGGACGGUUCUCCUGGCGUACUACUUCGAGUACACGGACACGUUCCCCGUCCACGUCCAGGGCUUCUUCUGCUUCGACAAGACCUUCUCCAAGCCCUUCCCGGGGCCAGAGGAUGAGAGCAAGGCUCCCCCGAUACUGGUGUACGCACUGGUGACAGCCAUCCCCACCGUUCUGAUCCUGAUCGGGGAGAUGAUGCGCUUCUUCAAUAAGUCAGCAGCCACACAGGAGAGGACCAUCAUGAGCGCAGACUGCUGCUUCUUCAGCCCGCUGCUGCGACGCAUCGUUCGCUUCCUGGGUGUCUACUCCUUCGGUCUCUUCACCACCACCAUCUUUGCCAACGCCGGCCAGGUGGUGACAGGAAACCAGACGCCUCACUUCCUGGCUGCCUGCCGUCCCAACUACACUGCCCUGGGCUGCCAGACUCCCAUGCAGUACAUUACAGAGCGCAGGGCGUGCACGGGAAACCCCUAUGUGAUCGCCAACGCUCGCCGGUCCUUCCCCUCGAAAGAUGCCGCCCUGAGCAUGUACUCAGCUGUCUACACAGUGAUGUACGUGACAAAUAUGUUCCACACCAAGGGCUCACGGCUGACUAAGCCGACGCUGUGCCUGACGUCUCUCUCCCUAGCCGUGCUGGUGGGAGUGGUGCGGGUGUCUGAGUACCGCAACCACUGGUCAGAUGUGCUCGCCGGAUUCCUAACCGGGGGUUCCAUCGCCGCCUUCCUGGUGACUUGUGUGAUCAACAACUUCCAGCAGACCCGGCGGCCAGCGGUGGUGCCUCUCCCGCUGAGGCCCCUGCCCCCCCAGGCCACUCUAAGCGUGCCCUCCGUGACCCUGCCCCGCGUGGAGAGUCCACUCGAAAAGCUCGACGGGGUCCCUAUACUGAGAUACAUGACCAUCAGCCUUCCCUAUGCCCCGCCCCUCCCGACGUCCUUCUUCACUCACGUCGCUGCAUCUCCAGCGCAGUCUAGACCUGCCCUCUGA